AUGGCAGAUGAGCAGAAGAAAAAGAGAAAGGUUAGGCGACGAAUUGGGCAGUAUAACUGGCGAAAGAUGGGGCAAUAUGACAAGCAGGAUACUAAGCAGGAGGACAAGCAAGAAGAAAAGCAAGAGGACAAACAAGAUAACAGACAAGAGGAUAAGCAAGAAAAAAGAACGCGUUGGAUUAACGAGGAACUUGGACGGAUACUGAGUCAGUCUGUGCUGCCCUUAGAGGAUGUCUUAUCUCGCGUGGAGACAGCAUGGCUAAGAGAGGAAGUUUGUGUUUCUCCCCAACCAAGCAACCCAAUUAGUAGUGCUAGUAUUGGGUUAGUAGUGCUAGUAUUGGAGAGAGUAAUAACUCAAUAG